AUGAGCAGUGAGAGGAAGGCUCUGAUGGAGAAGGCCCAUCCAGAACUACAGACCUUCUGCCGCAGCCACGGACUCGUCUUUGAGGUGGUGGACCUGUGCUGGGGUCUCAGGUCGGUCCCAGACUCGGUCCGUCUCGAGGCCUGUGAGGUCUUCCUCCAUGAGAUCCACAAGUCCAGACUCGUGUCCUUCGUCCCCGUCUUCGUCGUGCUGCUCGGACAGCGGUACGGUCAGUGCUCUCUCCCGCACCUCAUUCCACAAAAACACUUUCAGAUGUUUUUGUCCAAACUUUCCAAAAACACAGACGGCCUCAAACUGCUCAACCAAUGGUAUUGCAGAGACGACAAUACGGUCCCGCCCACCUACGUCCUGCAGCCAAUCACAGCGCACCUGGAUCACAGCGAGGACGUCUCUCCCGAAAACAAGACAAAGAGAGAAAGUGACUCCGCGCGCUGGAAGUCGACCGAACGCAAACUGUUACAACUGCUGCGUACGGGCGCCAGGUCUGCAGGGCUCCCCCCAGAGGAGAGCCAGAGCUACUGCACCUCAGGUAACGCCCCCAGAGGAGAGCCAGAGCUACUGCACCUCAGAGCUACUGCACCUCAGGUAACGCCCCCAGAGGAGAGCCAGAGCUACUGCACCUCAGGUAACGCCCCCAGAGGAGAGCCAGAGCUACUGCACCUCAGAGCUACUGCACCUCAGGUAACGCCCCCAGAGGAGAGGAGGAGUACUGCACCUCAGGUAACGCCCCCAGAGGAGAGCCAGAGCUACUGCACCUCAGGUAACACCCCCAGAGGAGAGGAGGGGUACUGCACCUCAGGUAACACCCCCAGAGGAGAGGAGGAGUACUGCACCUCAGGUAACACCCCCAGAGGAGAGGAGGAGUACUGCACCUCAGGUAACGCCCCCAGAGGAGAGGAGGAGAACUGCACCUCAGGUAACACCCCCAGAGGAGAGGAGGGGUACUGCACCUCAGUCUUCCAGAGGGAGGUGGAGUUGGGGGUGUGGUCUCUCGGAGCUGAGGAGACGUCCAUCGUCUUUGUUCGAGAUGUUCCUCAGAAAGUGAAGGAGGUUCCGAAGCGUCUCACCAGGUUCAGAGACCUGACAGCAGAGAGUGUGCUGGACUCUGAGGCGCAGGCUCAGCUCUCUGCCCUCAGGUCGCGCCUCCUCGGAGGGGAGGUGCAGAAGAACCUCCAGAGUGUGGAGCUGUGGAGAGGAGGCCUGGACGUGCGGCGCAAAGAUCACGCUCAGUACCUGGAGAGCGUGUGCGAGCAGUUUGUGUCGCAGCUGAAGGCGCGUGUGGAGGAGGCGCUGGAGGAGCACAGGCCGCGCGCCGUGUGGGGGAGCGUCCAGCAGGAGGCGCAGCAGAGGGAGUCACUGACGGAGGAGGUCACAGAACACGUGAGCGCCAGUGUGCAGCUGUGCGCAGGCGUCCAGGUAAAGCACACUUUAAAUCUCUCCUCUUCCUCAAAAAGUCGCGUGCAUGGACAGUUUAACCGAUGGUUUCAUACGCGGCAUGAAAGUGGCGGUUAA